AUGUACUUUUGCCCCAACUGCGCCAACCUGCUGCUGGUCAAGUCCGGCAUGACCGGCUAUGAACUCCAGUGCCAGACCUGCCCAUACGUCUGCCAGAUCGAAAGGCCCGUGGGCAGCAAGCGCUGGUUCAAGAAGAAGGAGAUCGACGACGUCCUUGGCGGCGAAGAUGCCUGGAAGAACGUGGACACGACUGCAGUGAUGUGUCCCAAGUGCGAGGCCGAUCGAGCAUACUACUUCCAGCUCCAGAUCCGCUCUGCCGACGAGCCAAUGACAACCUUCUACAAGGUGCAGACCACUGUAUUUCAGCUGUUGCAUUGUGGAAAGCUUGCCAGUUUGUGGCCUUGUCCUUACUGGAUUGCUCUGUUCCUUCCUCCGCCAGUGUACUCGGCCAACAUGCUCUCAUCAGUGGAAAGAAAACUAGAUAUCCCCGCUUCGCCAUCCAAUUUUGCAUUCAAUACAUCCCUCCGCCUGGCACUGGACGGAUGGCAGACACGUCGCCUCGCCCGUAUCUGA